UAUAUUUAUAUAGCGAGUGAUGCGAAAAGCAGGGCUAGGCAAGGAGAGGAAGAGGGGUGUGUGGGGGAGGGAAGACAAGAGAGAGCAGAGAAGACAGAGGAGAGAGAGAGAGAGAGAGAGAGAGAGAGAGAGAGAGAGAGAGAGAGAGAGAGAUAGGACUUCCUCCCCGAUCGCAAAGUGAAGUCACUUCCCAAAAUUAGCUGAAAAAAAGUUUCAUCCGGUUAACUGUCUCUUUUUCGCGUCCGCUACAACAACAAACGUGCACAGGGGAGCGAGGGCAGGGCGCUCGCAGGGGGCACUCAGAGAGGGCCCAGGGCGCCACAGAGGCCGUGCCGGGCUAAUCUGAAGGGGCUGCGAGGUCAGGCUGUAACCGGGUCAAUGUGUGGAAUAUUGGGGGGCUCGCCUGCAGACUUGGACAAAUGGACGGGACUAUUAAGGAGGCUCUGUCAGUGGUGAGUGACGACCAGUCCCUCUUUGACUCAGCAUACGGAGCAGCAGCCCAUCUCCCCAAGGCAGACAUGACUGCUUCGGGGAGUCCUGACUACGGGCAGCCCCACAAAAUCAACCCCUUGCCACCGCAGCAGGAGUGGAUCAACCAGCCAGUGAGGGCCAACAUCAAGCGGGAGUAUGACCACAUGAAUGGAUCCAGGGAGUCUCCAGUGGACUGCAGUGUCAGCAAAUGCAGCAAGCUGGUGGGUGGAGGUGAAACCAACCCCAUGAAUUACAACAGCUACAUGGAUGAGAAGAAUGGCCCCCCUCCUCCCAACAUGACCACCAACGAGAGGAGAGUUAUCGUGCCCGCAGACCCCACACUCUGGACACAGGAGCACGUUCGGCAGUGGCUGGAGUGGGCAAUAAAGGAAUACGGCUUGAUGGAGAUUGAUACCUCCUUCUUCCAAAACAUGGAUGGCAAGGAACUGUGUAAAAUGAACAAGGAGGACUUCCUCCGAGCCACCUCCCUCUACAACACCGAAGUGCUGUUGUCACACCUCAGUUACCUCAGGGAAAGCUCACUGCUGGCCUAUAAUACAGCCUCCCACACAGACCAGUCCUCACGACUGAAUGUCAAGGAAGACCCUUCUUAUGACUCUGCCAGGAGAGGAGGGUGGAGCAGUAACAUGAACUCUGGCCUCAACAAAAGUCCUCCCCUUGGAGGGGCACAGACCAUGGGCAAGAACACUGAGCAACGGCCCCAGCCAGAUCCUUAUCAGAUCCUGGGCCCAACCAGCAGCCGCCUUGCCAACCCUGGAAGUGGGCAGAUCCAGCUGUGGCAGUUCCUCCUGGAGCUACUGUCUGACAGCGCCAAUGCCAGCUGUAUCACCUGGGAGGGGACCAAUGGAGAAUUCAAAAUGACGGACCCUGAUGAGGUGGCCAGGCGCUGGGGAGAGCGAAAGAGCAAGCCCAACAUGAAUUACGACAAGCUGAGCCGGGCCCUCCGAUAUUACUACGAUAAAAACAUCAUGACCAAAGUGCACGGCAAAAGGUAUGCCUACAAAUUUGACUUCCAUGGCAUUGCCCAGGCCCUGCAGCCACACCCAACCGAGGCAUCCAUGUACAAGUAUCCUUCUGAUAUCUCCUACAUGCCUUCCUACCAUGCCCAUCAACAGAAGGUGAACUUUGUCCCUCCCCACCCAUCCUCCAUGCCCGUCACCUCCUCUAGCUUCUUUGGAGCAGCGUCACAAUACUGGACCUCCCCCACUGCUGGGAUCUACCCCAACCCCAGUGUCCCCCGCCAUCCUAACACCCAUGUGCCUUCACACUUAGGCAGCUACUACUAGAACUUACCAUCAGUGGCCUUCCGGCUGAAGUUCCAGCCCUCACUUUUUCCCUGGAUGCUCUGGACUCUAAAGGACAUAAGUAGCCUUGAAGAGACGAGAAAACUGGAUGUUCUUUCUUUUGGAUAGAACCUUUGCAUUUGUUCUUUUAAAAUGAUUAUUUUUAUGUUUAAAAAUUUUUGCUUUCUUCUACCUGAAAAUACAAAAACAAAAG